AUGGCCACAGACAGGAGAUUCGAGGUCAAAAUGUCGGUGCCGGAUGGCGCAACACCCGGCACAUUGCUGGAUGUGCCUGUGAGGGGUGGUUCCGAGAAGGUUCGGAUCCGGGUGCCCGAAGGCUGCGGAGGUGGAAGCGUCCUGGUCCUGAGCCAGGCUGAGGGCAGCAGCGAGUGGGACCUGAAGGUAGAGGAGGCCAAACCUCCUCUACAGGACGCGGGCGCCACGAGCGACGUAGCCAGGAGCUCGACAGGGGUGCAGCUCCCCCAGGAGGAGAGUCCCAAGCCAGAGUUGUCUGAGCAACCUGUGGCCUACACUGUGAGGCCAACACAUUUCGCGUGA